GCUGGUGCAGUUAGUUUGAAAAUUACUUUCUCCGGUAGUUGUUCCUAUCUGGCAACUUUAACCAUCAAUAACGAUGAAUUUCGAACUCGGGAUCAAAAUUUUUGCGCUGUUAACACUUUUCUGCAUCCAAUCGACGGUUGCCCUUCAAUGUUAUCAAUGUGACAGUAUUGAAACGUGCAACGAAAACCGUCCUCCGGUUACUUGUAACGAGGAUAAUGUCAAUAAAACAGCAAUUAUGGCACAGACCAUUUUCCCAGGAAUUUUUAACAACAUAACCGAGCCCGUCUACUGGUGCAUCCAUGCCCGAGCGAUUAAAACAAUCACCGGAAACACGGAACAGGUCCUUAAUGUCAAGGGAUGCAUAAGGGCACAAUAUAUGGGUUUUUGCAACAACAAACCAGCCGCUGGUAUUGAAUUGGACGAGUGCUGGAGUUGUGAUUCUGAACUGUGUAACGGAUCUCGACGAAAUGGGAUCGACCAAUCCAGUGUUAUACUGGUUGUUCUUGGAGGAUUGAUUCUUCUACUCCUACAGAAACAGUGAAUUUAACAAGUGUGAAAGUGAAAGUAGUCACCUGAUCGGAACAGUAGUUGUCUUGUAAAGCAGCGUUCAUUCAAUAAAUCAUUCGGAUUUGAGACCACUUGAAAUGUGGGGCUAAAAACUCCUCAGAAGCUUAAAAUUAUUCGAAAAUAUGGUUUUGCUCUACCGAACUGAUGCUCAAUUUGAACUAGAACUUCGGAACGGAAAAAUAAAUCAAAAUCUCCAUGCUAAAUUUCCACUCAAAGUAAAUAAUGUGCAUCACAAGCCGCUGCAAAAAAAAACCUUUUUCGAACACAUGUAUGGAUUUCGUUUUUUAAAGAACUAUGAAGUGAAAUCGAUAUACUUAGUUUCGGUUCCCUUAUUUUUUUUUUUCAACUUUGUCAAAGAGGACUGUGCACUUGUGGAUACAAUACGCCCCACUAAACUUACUUACUCGUACUAGGACAUUCCGGGAAGAACAGCAUCGGCAAUGGAGGGCUUAACCCAUUCGAGACCGAUUGCACACCGUGUGUGCAAUGGAAUUUUUGUGCCUUUGUCAAAACAAUCUUUCAUUGUGAGUUUACUAUUGCUCAGAAAAAUAAUAUUCUUAUAGCAAUGAAAUCCACAAAUGUUAGGCAAAAUGUAUUGGGAAAUCAUUUUGAUGAAAAUCAAACGACAUAAAAGUUAUCUAAGAGUAAAGUACUAUGAGUUCGAUUGUCGUGAAAAGGCCUCCGUCUCGAAUGGGUUAACAGAUUGAUCCAGCUUCGCAAUUACUGGAAACUACCAUUCCACUUAUUAUUGAAUAACAUGAAAAAAAAUAUAUUUUCCGACUACGAUUUUGACACACUCGGAAAAAAACUAUACGUUCGAUUCCGUCAACGCCUACUUCACUUCACCAUUUCACCGAUAGGCCGAAAAUAAAUUUACAAAAUCAAUUAAAAGGUAGUUAACUCACCUUAAAAAUGUUAAAUCUGAAUUUGAAAUCCUAAUCUGAAAUGUGAAUCCGUAUUCUCAAUCUGAAUCUUGAAUCUGAAAUUUGAAUCAAACUUCCUCCAUGAAAGUCCAUGAACAUCACAACACGAGAUGCUUCACUCCAUGCAUCAAAUUUCAAAUUUUUCAAACUUUGAUGAAUAAGUACGGUUAAUCAAGAGUCAAUGUUCUGAAUCAGAGCUUAGAGCAAAUUCUUCAAAAACUGACCUCAGCUCCAGAAUUUUGAUACCGUUUGAUUAAAAUUUUCUCACCUGUAUGGUGGACAUCAGACCCAUUAUUGAAUGUAGGAUUCAAUAUUAGAAUCAUUUCAGAUGAACAAACAGUUUUGAAAUUCAAUACUCAAAUUCAGAUUCACAUGUUAUUUGGCUCCGAUAUAAAUAAUAAAAUAGAUAGUUCGAAACCAUUAAAAACUAAUAUUAUUAAUUAGUUUCAGAUUUGAAAACUGGCAUUCAGAAAUAGAACGAACUUAGAUCGAGUUUUCGUAGAUGAGAAUUCGUGAUCUGGCUAAUAAUCCUGAUUGUCCACUCAAUCGGAAUCAAAUAAAAUUUUAAAUUCAGAUCCUAAAUCUCAAGGUUUGCUCGAGUGAUUUUAAUUUUUGGAAGAUUUUUUAAUUUUAAAUAGAUAGGCUAAUCUUUUUUCGCCUCAUCCAUACAAACUAAAUACUUUACCAUUGACAUAUUAUAAUAAUCAGCCCCAAAAAUCUAAAUAUUUUAAUUUCAAAAACCUUUUGGAUAAGUUUUUUAUGCAAAAUAAGAUUGAUAAAGAAAGGAAACUUAUUUUAAAUUCUGCCUCACAUUUUACAUUUGCAGGGUUGAUUGUCAAAGCUUUUAAAGGGCUUUUCAAGGCUUUUUUUUCUUGAAGAGUAGUCAUACAAUACCUCGCUAGGCUCAAGCAUUGAUGUCAGUUGAAUUGAUUGUCAAAUCAACUGAUCAACUAAUAGCAAAUAACUUUUUUGCCUAAUUACAUAGCGGAGAGUCGGGGAACGUAGGGCAUGAGGAAACGUGGGCCACUCCAAACAUCUCAACUGUGUGUUGAGAUAAAAAUCUCAAUCCAACUGUCAUCACCGUCGCUUAGCGUAAGUAUGUUUUUCUAUAUGUUGUUGACUUAUGUACGUAUCAUAUGCUUCUGUUAUUAUACUAGCCUAGAAAAAUGUUCUUAAAUAAUAAAACGAGCACCCGCAAAUUGCAUCCGUGGGAGACCUACAGUACAUA